CAAGCUUCUGACGCGUUGAACUUGGACACACUCUCUGUCCCACUUGAAUCGUGAUUUUCAGCCUUCCAAGCAACUUCCGCCUCUUCCUUAUAAGUCCGACUCCUCUCCCUCUAUCCUCCUUCAAAAUCAACGAUUGCUUCUCAACUAAUAACAAUCUCUUUUUGGGUUUAUCUCCUGAUGGGCGCAGAUCAAGAUCCCGAUUCCAAACCCGUUGUGAUCCGCCAAGUAUGGGCUUCCAAUCUCGAUUCUGAAUUUCACCUCAUUCGUCAGCUCAUUGAUCGCUACCAUUUCAUCUCCAUAGACACCGAAUUCCCCGGCGUCAUCUAUCGUCCCAACAUCCACCCCGCCGCCCGCCACUGUCAGCUCCAUCCCUCCGAUCACUACCGCUUCCUCAAGUCCAACGUCGAUGCCCUGAACCUCAUCCAACUCGGCCUCACCCUCUCCGACGCCCAUGGCAACCUUCCUCAAAUCGGAUCCGCCAACCGCUACAUCUGGGAAUUCAAUUUUAGGGAUUUCGACGUUGCGCGUGACGCAUACGCUCCCGAUUCCAUCGCCUUGCUCCGGCAACAGGGGAUCGACUUCGAACGGAACGCCGCGGAGGGGAUCGACUCCGCGCGGUUCGCAGAGUUGAUAAUGUCCUCGGGCCUCGUGUGUAACGACUCGGUGAGUUGGGUGACGUUCCACAGCGCCUAUGAUUUCGGGUAUUUGGUGAAGAUCCUGACCCGGCGGCUCUUGCCGGACGGGCUGGAGGAUUUCUCACUGAUGUUGAAGGCGUUUUUCGGGGACAAUGUUUAUGACGUUAAGCACAUGAUGCGGUUCUGCAGCAAAGGUCUGUGCGGGGGUUUGGAUCGGCUGGCGCGGACCCUCAGUGUGGACCGGGCGGUUGGGAAAUGCCACCAGGCCGGUUCCGACAGCUUGCUGACCUGGCACGCCUUUCAGAAAAUGAGAGAUAUUUACUUUGCGAAGGAAGGCCCCCAAAAACACGCGGGUGUCCUAUAUGGAUUAGAGCCAGUUCUCUGCUGACGGCGAAGUAAAGAAGUGAAUUUGAUCUAUUUAAUUUAUCUCCCUUUGUAUUAUAUGUAAGUAGUAUGAAAUGAAAAUUGGGGUAAUUAUCCUUUAUUUUGGUUGAAAAAUAAAAAAUCUAAUUGGUCAAUUGGAGCUUCA